AUGGCAGACAGUCUCCCCACAGAGUUUGAUGUGGUUAUAAUAGGGACAGGUUUGCCUGAAUCCAUCCUUGCAGCUGCAAGUUCAAGAAGUGGCCAGAGGGUUCUGCAUGUUGACUCCAGAAGUUACUAUGGAGGGAACUGGGCUAGCUUCAGCUUUUCAGGAUUGCUAUCCUGGUUGAAGGAAUAUCAGGAAAACUGUGUUGAUGGGGAAGAAAGUACAGCUGCAUGGCAAGGCCUGAUCCAUGAAACAGAAGAAGCCAUUACUCUUCGCAAGAAAGAUGAAACCAUUCAACACGUGGAAGUUUUUUGUUAUGCCAGUCAAGAUUUGGAUGACAGUGUUGAAGAGGUUGGUGCUUUGCAGAAAAAUCCUUGCUCAGUGGCAUCUAGUACCCUCACUGAAACUCUGGAUUCUGCAUGCUUGGGCGAAGACGAGCACUUAGUACACGUUCCUAGCUAUGAAAGGCCUGCCCAAGACACUUCAAAAAGUGAUGGAGAGAUUUCGCUAGAUGUAAAUGACGUCAAGGAACCCCCGGAGAAAGGAAACGAUGGUGGAGACAGAGCUCGUGCUCACGCGGUUUCAGAUGCAGACAAAGAUGAAAACAAACCUGCAGGAGAAGGCAACACAGACCAGCCAACAAGAAACCGGAUUACUUACUCUCAGAUAGUUAAAGAAGGCAGGAGGUUUAAUAUUGAUUUGGUAUCGAAGCUGCUGUAUUCUCAAGGAUUGCUGAUUGACCUUUUAAUCAAAUCAAAUGUCAGUCGAUAUGCAGAAUUUAAAAAUGUCACAAGGAUUCUUGCAUUUUGGGAAGGAAAAGUUGAACAAGUGCCUUGUUCCAGAGCAGAUGUCUUCAAUAGCAAAGAACUCACUAUGGUUGAAAAGAGGAUGCUCAUGAAAUUUCUCACGUUUUGCGUUGACUAUGAGCAACAUCCUGAUGAAUACGAAGCUUUCAAGCAAUGCUCAUUUUCAGAGUACUUAAAAACUAAAAAAUUAACUCCAAAUCUCCAACAUUUUGUACUGCACUCAAUUGCAAUGACAUCAGAGUCAUCUUGCACUACGAUAGAUGGCCUUAAAGCAACAAAAAACUUCCUUCAGUGUCUUGGACGGUUCGGCAACACUCCCUUCUUAUUUCCCUUGUAUGGCCAAGGAGAAAUUCCCCAGUGUUUCUGCAGGAUGUGUGCAGUCUUUGGCGGAAUCUAUUGUCUUCGGCAUAAGGUACACUGCCUUAUAGUUGACAAAGAAUCUGGGAGAUGUAAAGCAGUUAUAGAUCACUUUGGCCAAAGGAUAAAUGCCAAGUAUUUUAUUGUGGAGGAUAGCUACCUUUCUGAGGAAACAUGUGCACAUGUGCAGUAUAAGCAGAUCUCUAGGGCAGUGCUCAUUACAGACCAAUCUAUACUGAAGACAGAUUCAGACCAGCAGAUUUCUGUUUUGAUAGUGCCUCCAGUAGAAGCAGGGACCUGUGCUGUUCGGGUCAUUGAAUUAUGUUCUUCAACCAUGACAUGCAUGAAAGACACCUAUCUGGUGCAUUUGACGUGUUCAUCUUCUAAAACAGCAAGAGAAGAUUUAGAAUCAGUGGUGAAGAAAUUAUUCACCCCAUAUGCUGAAACGGAAGUAGACAAGGAAGCGCUUGAAAAGCCAAGACUCUUGUGGGCUCUUUAUUUUAAUAUGAGAGAUUCCUCAGGAAUCAGCAGAAGCUCAUAUAAUGGCUUGCCUUCCAACGUUUAUGUCUGUUCUGGGCCUGACUCUGGUCUGGGAAGUGAGCAUGCUGUCAAGCAAGCUGAAACACUUUUCCAUGAGAUCUUUCCAAGUGAAGAAUUCUGCCCCCCGCCUCCAAAUCCAGAAGACAUUGUCUUUGAUGGUGAUGAUAGGCAACCAGAGGCUCCUGGAACCAAUAAGACAAUAAUGGCUGAACCAGAAUCCUCUGAAGAAAGCAAAACCCUAGAAAGUCCAGGGAAGCUGCUUCAAAAUUAGAACAGACAAAACUGGAAAUUCUGUAUUGGCGUCAGAAUAUUCUCAUUUCAAGGACAGUUUCCAUAUGAAUAAAUAGAAGUGGUUAUAUGAUAAAUGCAGUGCUAGAUGUUGUCUUUAACUCUCUAUGAGACAGACAUUCAGUCUUUGGAUGUCUUUGUUUAUCGGUAGCUGAUUCAUUGCUUAUUGGACUUCUUUUGUUUAAGAAUGGACCCCAAGAUCCAUAAACUUAAAUAGUGUUAGCUUUAUUUUUGGUAUUGCAUAUAUAUAUGAGCGUUCCAUAUUCGGAACUCUGCUUAAAGGAAGGUAAUAUUGUAUCCAGUGAUCUUCAGAUUUUAUCAUUAUCUACAGAGCAAUUAAUAAUCCCUAAGGAAUAUUUCAAAUACUUUUGCAACGAUUGCAUUUCCUACCACAUCUGCUUUCUUGGAGAUAUUCGAACAGUGAAACACACAAAAAUAAAUUAUGUGAGUCUUUUUAUGUGUAUUAUGGACACGUAGUGUGGCGAUGGUAAUAGCAACCAAUCCAAGUGCCAAUAUGAUAAAAUACAUUUGUCUGUAAUUGUUAAGCAAAUAGCCUUGCAUGAUUCUUUAUUCUUUGUGAAGGGCUGAUGUUUAAAAUACAUUUUAUGGUAUAAUUCAGCAGCUUGACCUUGGUAACCAACUGAGUUAGUUCCAUAUUACAGAAAGAGUCAGAAUUUACUAGUUGAAGAGCUUAUUUUUCAGAGUUUCAUUUGAGAAAAAAGUUAGAGGAUAAGAUUAGUUCUGGUUUAAUACUUCAGAAAAUCUCUGCAGAGCCCUGCUCUAACUUGAAGUUCAGUAGAUGAGGCCAACUCAAAAGAACUUCCAGCAAGUAACUCAGGCCACAAAGGGGGGCAGCAAUGCUCCAAGAAAAGAUACUUCACAGUGGCUGUACUGAAAUUCCUAAGAAAUUGACUGAGGCAUGUUUAACCUGGGAUUAAAGCCAUCGCAGUUUAAAUCCACCAGCCAUUCUUUGGAAACCCCAUGGGGCAGUUCUCUGUCCUGUAGGGUUGCUAUGAGUAGGAAUGACUUGACAGCAAUGGGUUUGGUUGUUUUGGUUGGUAAAUAGUUCAGUCGAGGUUUCUCAGUGAGAAUGAAACAUACAACCUUGAUGACUCUACCAGCUUUAAGUAGCAACACUAACUAAAACUGAUAGCAGUGAAUCAGAGCAUUUGACAUACCCUUCGUUUUGUGUCAAGGCUAGGUAACAACCUUCAUAAUCAUUUGUCUCCUGGCUGAUAUCUAGAGGAUAGAAACUGUUUCCUCAGAACCUCCAGAAGUCAUAAAACCUGUUGUACUCCAGUGCUGAAAAAGUGUGAACCUCCAUUUUUUGUCCCAUUUCCAUUCCUCAGGCACCCAAACCAGUUACUGUCGAGUUGAUUUUGACUCCUGGUGGCUCAUGAGUGUCAGAGUAGAACUGUGGUCCACAGGGCUUUUCAGUAGCUGAUUUUUUGGAAGUAGAUCAUCAGGCUUUUCUUCUGAAACACCUCUGGGUAGAAUUGAACCUCUAACCUUUUGGUUAGUGGCCAGCUUGAUAAUCUUAUAGGAAGCCAGCCUAUAAUGACAGUUGUUUUCUGAAACACAAGCAUUUAUUAUGUGCUACUUUCCCCACUGCUGUCAAGUCAAUUCCAACUCAUGGUGCACUUAAUAUUAUGCUUUCUCAUUACAGCUUCUCAACUACCCUGUCAGGCAGAUGCUAUUGCAUGUAUUUUCAGAGAGGAAAUAGAGAUUUAAUUAUUAUUUGCUCAACAUUUGGUAUGUGCCAGAGCCAGCAUUGAAUUCCAGGCUUCCAUGAGUCCAAAAACCCUUGAUUUCUCCACUAACUUCCAUUGUUUGAAGAGUAGCAAUACUGUAGGAGAAAGAAAACAUCCUUAUGAAAAUCAGAAUCUAGUAUUGCUGGUGAAGAAAAGUGUGCAGACAGUGGGGACCCCACACUGGUCUCUCAGCUCAUUAUGAAUUAGAGAUAUGUGACGAAUAAGAUUAGUUUUAAAAAUACGUAUAUACACAUAUUAGAGCCAGGGAUCUCAUUGAAGCAGAAUUUGGCUAAGUUUUAACAAAGUAAUGCUUUUUUAAUAAUGUAUCUUUUAAUCUGAAGAUUGUGUUACAAAAAAUACAAAUGUUGCUAGGCUGAAAUAUACUCUGAGCAAUCCUCUGUUGCUCCUGUCUGUCUGAGGAAAAUGAGACAAGAAAGAUUUAAGUAACUUCCAGCUCACUGAAAGCAGAAAAGUCAUGAAUUGGUAUUAAUAUUUAUGUAUUGUUUGAAUAUGGGAAAGUAGUAUUAGUGGGUGGAUCCUAAGGCUUAAGCUUAUGCGAACAAUGGAAAUGCCUGAAGUAGGCUUAAAAAAAAAAAGUAGUUAAAAUUAAAAAUAAGUUAUAUAAAUGGAGGGUAAAGGUAAUGCAGACCUACUGAAAAGUUUUUCAGUAUCACGGGUCAUUUGUAAGAAAUUGAGAAAGGAACAAUGAGAAGUUGCAAAAGAUAGUACAGCUAAAGAUAAUGGAAGUAAGAAAAAGUGUUAGUCUGGUCCCAAAUAGGGUUGUUUUUUAAAAAAAUAAAAAAAAAACUAACAAAAUGAAUAUGUUACUUUCUUAUUUAAAUUAAUACAAAAUAAAUUGGAAAUGAGAAACAUUGUAACCAAUAAGAAGCAUUUAAAAAUCUAGGGGAUGGUAUAAUAUUCCAAUAAGUUGGAAUUUGGCCAUAAUAGACUUAUUGGUGAAUUUUUUCAAAUGUUCAAAGAAUAAGUAUGUAUAAUGAAGGAUAUACACUAUUAAUUGCAUUUUGAGGCAAAGUAGAUUUUAAAAAGGGUCUCAUUUUGAACAUACACAAAAUGCAAAAUAUUGGCAAGUGUGACACCAAAUAAAAAUAAUUAUUUACUAUGAGUCAGGAUUACAGGGCUGGUGUUCAAAGGACAACCAUUAAGACAAUGUCAACAGAACAAAUGCUAAACAUUCAAAAUAUUAAUAACAUAAUUUUUAAAAUGCCAAUAACAAUCACCAUUUAUCUUUGACUUAAUUACCUCUGGUAAUGAUGGCACAAGACUGGGCAGUGUUUCGUUCUGUUGUGCAUGGGGUCGCAAUGAGUCGUAACUGACUCAACAGCACCUAACAACAACAAAGACAAUAAUUUCAUAGGCUUUUCCCAUAGUGUAGUGAGUAAGUACUUAAAGCCAGUAACAUUCCUAUUGGGAAACAUGUGAGAACCACUUCUCAAGCAGAAAUAAAAUAGUUUUGGUACCAUUUUUAUUUAUAUAAUAUGGUUGAAGAAACAAAACAUUACCUAUAAAUGAGAAAAACGAAAAGAAACAUCACAAAUAUUAUUUUCUAUUAAGAUGACUUUGUAAACUAGCAAAAUUUAUAGUGUCAUAAAUAAAACACUAAUUUCAAGAAGUUGCAGGAUAUAAAAUUUUUUAAAAGUAGUCUUAUUUCUAGAUUUCAACAGCGACAGUCUACUGCUUAGAAAGUGUUAGAGUCUUAGUCUAUAGCUGUGUGGCUGUACUGGGAUAAAGUGAGAAUGGUGCUUAUUGGAAGCACAGUGCUACAGGCUGGAGGAACCAAGUUUAAAAAGAUGGCCAUACUGCUGUGAGAGACAUCUAGUGUAACGAAAAAGUGCUAAAUGGGGAGUCAGAAAACCAGAAUUCUAGUCCUCACUUCAUUACUUACCAGUUGUAUAAUUUGGGGAAAAUCACUCUGUGAGAUUCCAUUUCACCAUCUAUGAGGUAGAAAUAACUCUUGACAGAAUUUUUGUGAGGAUUAAGUUAGAUAAUGUAUGUGAAACCAAUUCAAAAGGAAUGCCAGAUGUGACAUCCCAUAAACCCCGUUGCCGUUGAGUUGAUUCCAACUCAUAGCGACCCUAUAGGACGGGAUAGAACUGCACCACAGAGUUUCCAAGGAGCUCCUGGUGGAUUCGAACUGCAGACCUGUGGUUGGCAGUCAGUGCUCUUAAUCACUACACCGCCAGGGUUUCCAAAUGUGACAUAAGUAUAUAGAUUUACUACAAUUCCAUUCAACAUUCCAACUGGAUACUUUAUGUAAUUUGAUAGAAUUGUAAUAAAUUGUAUUUAGGAAAAUAAGCAAGCAAACAUAGACCUUUUUAAAUCAGGGAGAAAAAAAAAAAAAGGAGGCUUGUGCUUCCAAUCCUUAAAACAUGCUGUUGAGCAAUGUUUCAGAAAUUUCUGCGUGCUGAAUAGAAAGUUUAACUAAGUGGUAAUAAACCAGUCAAAAAGAAAUAAAUAUUUAAUAACUGCUGGUGGAAAGACUAGCCAGAUAUCAAUAUGAAAAAAGGAAUUAGAUACACCUUGCACAUGAAGUAUAGGGUCAGAAUCGACUUGAAGGCAAGGUAUUUUAUAUUUUUUGUUACAUAUGAAAACAGUUUCUUCCAAAUUGGUUAAAAUGUUAAAGAUAAAAGUUUAAAAAAAUGGAAUUUUCUUCCCAAUAGUAGUGCAAAGGGUACUUCAUGGCAAUUGAAAAAUGUUACUGACGUGGUAGUGAGAUUGACUAAAAGCAAAAUGAAAAUAUAUCCCAACAGGAAGAACACAAGAAGAUAAAAGGAAUAAAAACAGCUUUUUGCACUGUACAUGAAUAAAGUGCUUAAUGUAUUUUUUUUAAAUAUGUUCAAAUCCAUGAGGUUUUCUCCUCUUUACUAGGCAAAUUUAUAAAAGGAUAGAAUGCAGGUGAGAUGAUACCAAUAAAAAUGAAUUCUUACAAUGAUACUCAGAUUUUCUAGCAUUAAAAAUGCAAAUUAAAACAACUCAUAUUAGCAAACAUUUAAAAAGUUACAUGUGUCCUCAUACCAAUAACGAGCAACAAGUGCUGUCGAGUUGAUUCUGACUCAUAGCGACCCUAUAGGACAGAGUGGAGCCGCCCCAUAGAGUUUCCAAGGAGCACCUGGCACAUUUGGACUGCUGCUCCUUUGGCUAGCAGCCGUAGCACUUAACCAGUAUGCCACCAGGGUUUCCCCUUGUACCGGUAGCAAAGUGUAUUAGUCUUUUCAAAAACUACCUAGAAUAUAAAAGCUACAAUUGAUCUAUCUUUUCACAUACUAACUCAUUUUGAGUAAUAUAUGCCCAGGAAAUUUUUAAAAGAAAAUAAGAGCUACUUGUACAAAGAUAGGCCUAAGAAUUCUAUUCAUUAGAGUAAAAACAAAAGCUAAAAAGCCCAAGAAUUGGGAAAUGGCUAAGUUAGUUUUUGUGUAUUGCUAUUUAAGGCUUAAUAUAAUUAUUAAGUAAUAUUGAUAUAUGUGAAAUUGUAUGCAAAAAUGUUUAAAUGAAACAAAAUGUUAAUUAGCACGUAAAUGUGUUCACUGAUUCUGUAAAAAUUCAGGUCUCUACCUUGAGAAGAAUCAGAAGGCACAGAUAUGAUUAACUGGAGUUUAAGGCAUUCUUUAUUAUUUUUUUUUCUGUAAAAUGUUGAAGUGUGUAAUAAAAAAUAAAAGAUUAAUUGGUAAAGUGA